UAAGAAUAUUGUGUAAAAUGUGAUCGAAAUUUUUUUCUGAACAAAACAUUGAAUAAGUGUGUACAUAGGUGCUUCGAACUAUAAAUGACCAUGUGGUAUUUUAUUUGAACAGUCUUUUUAUCACCAGGAAGUUGAAAUUAGUUUACAUAAGGUAAAAUAAAGAAGUUACACAAAGUUUUAAAAAUGUCAUUUUUUGAUGUGCCAGGUGGUCAUUCAAUCACUGCAUACAACCCUACGAAUGACUACAAUGACUAUAACAACUACAAUACACCUUUUGGGCAGGAUGAAAGCACAGCUGCAUCGGCUAUUCUACCUGAUACUGAUAAUAAUGACAUUGCAGCCAAUGAAUUAACAAAUGCAAAUUCUGAACAAAUUCAAUCACAAAGUGCUGAACUGCAGCCAGUGUCUUCUGCUGAAGAGCCGGAAGAAGCACCUGUCAUAGAUAUUGUUAUUAACAAUGUGGUCUGUUCAUUUGCGACAAAAUGUCAUCUGAAUCUCAAGCAGAUAGCAUUAGAAGGAUACAAUCUCGAGUAUAAAAGAGAACAAGGAAUGAUCAGCAUGAAACUGCGUAAACCUCAUACAACUGCCAGUAUAUGGUCGUCGGGAAAGGCCACGGUAACAGGAGCCAGUAGCGAGGAGGAUUCUCAUAAAGCCGCAAGGAGAGUUGCACGAAUCUUACAAAAGAUGGGGUACUCAGUCAAGUUCUGUCGCUUUAAAGUUGUCAAUGUACUGGGGACGUGCACGAUGCCAUUUGCAAUACGCAUCACAGCUUUCUCUCGGGACCAUAGGGAAGAUGCAAGUUAUGAACCAGAACUCCACCCAGGUGUAACAUAUAAGAUAAAAUCUCCAAAGGCUACACUGAAGAUAUUCUCCACAGGCAGUAUUACUAUUACAGCACCAAGUGUAAGCAAUGUGCAGUCAGCAGUUGAGCAUAUAUUCCCGUUAGUUUACAAUUAUCAAAUGGACAAGAAGUCUGUUCCUAAAGCAGAAAUACAGAAAGUUGAAACUCACAUGUUCGCUGCCAAACCCAAAAAAUCUGCCGGAUAUAUUUCUAACAAAGCAAAGGAGGCAUAUCAGAAAUACCUCAACGAAGAUAGUGAUGAUGAAGACAUUGAUGAAGAUGAGGCUGAGAUUGACUCGGAUGAUGAUUUUGAUAGUGAUAGUUCAUAAGAGUGAUAUCUUUCUGAAAUGUGUUAUGUUUUUGUUAUAAAGAUGUAUUCUUUACUGUAAGCAUUAGAUAAGGUCACAAAAAGUGGGACUUCAUUUUAUAGAGGCACCUGUAUAAACCUGGAGUUUGUAAAGUUGUACAUGUGAAAUGCAUAGAUAUGUUCUUAGUAUCCUAAUGUAUGUAUGUGAUGAAUAUUGGAUACGUAUCCAAUAUUGGGAAUUUGUUAUGUAUCUAUUGGAUAACCUCUUAUUGUAUGGUUAAUGGCUACAUGAACAACAUAUCCAAUGGAUGUCAUGCAUCAACUGGAUGAAUGGGCAAAAGCUACAUGUAAUGCACUAGACGAGGCUAAUGCAGCAUUUAUUGAGAAGAAUCCACAAUUCAGAGAUAAUUCAUCUGUUUUGAAAGAUACGUUGAUGUACAAAAUGAGCCAUUUUUGAUUUAAGAGCCCCAUUCUCAAUCAUGCAUAAUAAAUGCGAAACAUAGAAUUUAAUAACUUUAGCCAAAUAUCAAUAAAAGGUCACCGAGUUGUUCCAUUAGAAAUCAGGCUGAUCAUUAGCUCAUGUGACGACAA